AUGUUGAGCUGGCUGCUUCCACCCAUGGCUCUGCACACACACAGGGGCGGGUUGUGCCGGGGAGAGCGGGAGGCUGGGCUCCGAGGCGGCGGCGGCGGAGGCGGAGGCGGUGGUGGAGGAGGAGAAAGCGGUGGCGCUUCUUCCCCGGCUUGCCUGCCUCCCUCGCUCGCCGAGCCGCUCCUGCUGCUGGGCUGCUGCUUACGGCCGGACGAUCCGGCCGAGCGGGGGCUUUUGCUGGCGCCGGCGGCCGCGAUGAUGGCGGAGGGCGGCGGCGGCGGGCCGCGGCAGAAGGCGCUGUCCCUGCUGGAGGCGGCCCGCUGCCGCUACGAGAGCCUGCAGAUCUCGGACGACGUCUUUGGGGAGUCGGGCCAGGACAGCAGCGGGAACCCCUUUUACAGCACCACGGCCGACUCGGCCUCCGAGGAGGAGGACGACGAGCGCCCAGCCGCGGAGGGGGAAGGCGGCCACCGGGGCAGGACUGGAGGGCGGCCGGGCUCCAAAGCGGCGGCGGAGCAGCAGCUGUUGCAAGCGCAGGGCGGCUCGGAGGCGACUUGCUCGAGUCCCGUGGAGCAGCAGCAGAAGGUGACUGAGGAGGAAGAGGAAGACCAGAGGGGCUGGAGUCAGCGCCUGCGAGACACCACCACCCCUUCCUUCAAGGAUACAAGCGGCCCAACUCGCAAAAUGUCACCAGCUGCCAGUGCCAUGGACUUCUUCCAACUGUUUGUCCCUGACAAUGUGCUAAAGAACAUGGUGGUACAAACCAAUAUGUAUGCCAAGAAGUAUCAGGAACGGUUUGGAAGUGAUGACACCUGGAUGGAUGUCACCCUGACAGAAAUGAAGGCUUUCCUUGCAUAUAUGAUCUCCACAAGCACUCACCACUGUGAGUCUGUCCUCAGCAUCUGGAGUAGUGGUUUCUAUAGCAACAAGAGCAUAGCAUUGAUCAUGACUCAGCCAAGAUUUGAGAAGAUCCUCAAGUACUUCCAUAUUGUGGCCUUCCGUUCCAGCCAGACAACACACGGCCUCUACAAAAUCCAGCCCUUUCUGGACUCUCUACAACAUAGCUUUGACUCUGCUUUCAAGCCUUCCCAAACCCAGGUGCUCCAUGAACCUCUGAUUGAUGAAGACCCAAUUUUUAUUGCCACUUGUACAGAGCGAGAAACACGCAAGAGGAAAAAGCGGAAAUUCAGUCUCUGGGUACGGCAGUGCUCAUCAACUGGUUUUAUUUGUCAGAUUUACGUCCAUUUGAAAGAAGGGAGCGGUGCUGAAGGUCUGGAUGCUUUGAAGAACAAAAACCAGCUCCACAGCAUGGUGGGCAAGAGUCUUUGUAAGAACAUUGCAGGCAAAAACUACAUCAUCUUCACUGGCCCCAGUAUUACUAGCCUGAAUCUCUUUGAAGAAUUUGAAAAGCAAGAGAUUUAUUGCUGCGGGCUGCUAAGUGCGAGAAAAAGUGACUGCACUGGUUUGCCUCCAUCUAUGCUUAACAACCCAGAUGUGCCUCAGUCUCGAGGGCAGUACAGGAUCAAGAUGAAAGAAAACAUGUCCCUGAUCUGCUGGUACAAUAAAGGGUAUUUUCGGUUUUUGGCCAAUGCUUAUUCCCCAGUUCAACAAGGGGUGAUAAUCAAGCGGAAAAGUGGAGAAAUCCCCUGCCCACUGGCAGUAGAAGCAUUUGCUGCUCAUCUUAGUUAUAUCUGCAAAUAUGAUGACAAGUACAGCAAGUAUUUCAUUUCUCAUAAACCAAACAAGACCUGGCAACAAGUGUUCUGGUUUGCCAUCAGCAUUGCCAUAAAUAAUGCUUACAUCCUCUACAAGAUGUCAGAUGCCUAUCAUGUGCACAGAUACAGCCGCGUGCAGUUUGGGGAGAGACUUGUCAAGGAGCUGCUCGGCUUGGAGGAUAUUUCACCUUCUCAUUGACGGAUCAUUCUAUGUGUCUUGGGUCAGGAGAGGAGGGAGGAGAAGACUACAACUCCUGGACCAUCUGAAUUGAAAACUCAUCAAUCACUCUAACCAGGCUGCUCUCCUGAAAAAAAGAAAGGGGGGAAAAAGGCAAGAAGCCAGUAGAAUGGUGGAGGUUUUGCAGAAGGUACUGCUGGUGGUCAAAGGGCCCUGAAGAGAGCACCACAUCGAAGUGGUUCAUGUGAAUGCUCCCUGGGCGUGCAAGUGCACAUCAGAAAUGAUUUUACGUUAUUAGCUAUUGCUUAAUAAUAUUUGUCAAACAGGGUGUUAGUUGCCACAUGAGCCCCUUUCCCUGACCCCCCUGCCCUCACUAAAGCAGCACAGCAGCUCCAGUUGGGCAUUACAGACAACUGUAGACUUUCUUUAACUCUGUAGUUGGCACACAGUGUAAAGACACAUCCCGUUUUGUGGAUGAGAAUGCUCAGCAAGUAACAAGGGGUCAUGAAGAGGUUGCUAGAAGAGAAAUGUUUUAAAGAGCAUUUAAAUAUAUUUUGCAAGCCUGUUAGGCAGUGGUCUUACUUGAUUGAUGAAGAUUUUAUUUUCUUGCAAUGCUGUAAUAAGAAAUAUAAUUUGGGGAAGGGAAAAUAAUUUUUUAAAAAAUAAAUAGACAAAUGGCCAGAAACUGGACAGUUUACCAGUCAAAGAUGAAGACAUUUUGCCACCUCUGAAGUCAGUGUGAGCUUUGAAGUUGAUUUCAAUGGUGCCAUAUUAGAUGCAUAACAGAUAUAAUUCAAAGGUAAUAUGGCUCAUUGUUUUCCCAACAGCAUCGCUCAGGCUACAGGGGGAGAAAUGUAAAAAGUAUUUCUGGGAAACGUAAUUAUUUUUGAUGUUACGGGUUCAGCUUUUCAAAGAAUUGCCUAAACAUUAUAUGACCAAGGAUCACACACAGAAAUGGUAUUGGGGUCCAUGGGGUCUUUUCGUACAUUCCUCCAUUCUGGGUGCUGUUUUUCCUCCAAGUUUCUUCAUACCCUCAUGUUCCAUAUGUUGUAUCCCAUCAUUUCCUUGUCAUUUCUCUGUGCUUUCAAACCAUGAGAAAACACAGAAAAGUGAUGACGUAACCAGUGGUGGCAUUCAAAUAGUUUAACAACCGGUUCUGGUGGUGGGAUUCAAAUAAUUUAACAACUAAUUGCUUACAAGCACCAUUUUAACAACCGGUUCUGCCUAAGUGGUGCGAACCUGCUGAAUCCCACCACUGAACGUAACCACAGAAGAGUAGCAAAUGGAAAAAGAGGCUAUGAGGAAGCUCAGAGGAAAACCUCUGCAGGUCAGCAGCCAAACUGUGGGGAAACUGCUAUGUAAAAGUACCCAUGUCUAUAGGGGCAAAGAAAGCAGAUUCAGAAACCUGCCCUCCAUGUUAUGAAAUGCUACAGCAAGGGAAUAAAUGGAAUAACCCCAUGAUCUGUGCCCUGAGCACAUCAAGGGCAGCCUUCUCCUCAGCCUUUCUCAGUGCUGAUGCAGAUGUGCAUCCAAAAGCACAUAAUACCUUGUUACGUGUGAGGAUCUUUGGAAUGGAACCAUAAUAUAAUGCACUAUUUUCCUCCAUUGUUCCUUUUUUUUUGAAGUCGAUGGAUUAACUUUCUUUAUAUUCAAUAUCCACACAAAAACUUGGCAGGAAGAAGAAACAUUCUGUAUCAUCGUUCUGGAGAUCCCAGAGUUCAUAGUGGAGUUCAUAGUGUUCCUAGUGGAGACUUCCUUUAGGAGUUGUAAAUUUGAAAAAUUACCCAUUUGAAGAAGUAAUGCAGUGUUUUUAAAAUGCCAAGCCAAAACACAUAGGAAGCAAAAUAAAAAAAUGUAAUCUGUAACAGGACAACCACUUUGAAGUUAAUGCUCUAGUGGCCAAUAUUGAUAAGAUCUAGGUUUGCCAGCUGCAUGUUGGAAAAUAUCCAGAGAUUUGAGGGGUGGAGCCUGAGCAGGGUGGGGUUUGCCAAGGGGUGGAUUUUCCAUGGGGUAUAAUGCCAUAUAGUCCACCUUCCAAAGCAGCCAUUUUCUCCAGAUGAACUGAUCUCUGUCACUUGGAGAUUAGCUAUAAUUGCAGCAGAUCUCCAGCCACUGGCUGACAACACUAGGUUUCAUUAAAAACGGAAAGGAAUAACAAAGUAACAAAUUGAAAUUCCUUCUUUUUUUCCUUUUUAAAUGCCCAUUUAAAUCCAUAACACACUAAACUGAUGAACUUUAGGGGCUGCCUCUGCUGUGUCCCCCAUAUAAUCAUGUCAACCUUCACUUGAAUGUGUAAAGCUUCUGUCAGGGACCAUUGCUCUGUAGCACAUCAGGAAAUGAGCAGCUCUUGCCCUCUCUCACUGCACAUUUGAACUUGCACUUAGACAAUUAAACAAGAGUGGAAUACGCCUGCUUUGUAAAGCACAUUGUGCAAUUUAUUUUGGCUUGCAACUAGUUGUUAGCUCACUAAAAGAAACAGCAAUUUGUUAUAGGUGAAUCCUGAAUCACAGGCAAACAUCUGUGUGCCUAGACAAAUGAAGAAUUGUCAGAUAAUCACAAAACAUGCUGAUGAGCAAAAAUGGCCAGACAAAAUUAGGAGUUUGUUGUGGCCUGUGUGGAGCUGCUUGCUCAGGCCCGUUACUUUUUGUAACCCCAGAAACACCUCAUCUACCAUUACUCUUGAAAUGCCAGUCGAAAGAGACUAUAGAUCAAAUAGUUCCACAUAUGGGGAACAGCCUGCAAUGUACACAUUGCCAUUCAGCCAUGCUCACUGCCAGUAAAAAUAUCCUUGAAAAUUUUGUUAGUGUUUUUAAUUGCACUCCUCCUGUUGUCAGCAGCCACCCAGAAUGAUAAGUUCUAGAAGGGAAGCGACAAAAGUCUUCUUAUAGCAAAAAAAAAAAAAGUCAGACCAAUGGCACCUUAACAGCUAACAACUUCAUUGCAGUAUAAGCUUCUGUGGACCAAAGCCCUCUUUCCUAGCUACCCUCUGCAGUGCCUCCCAGGCUCACUAUGUGCCUCUCUCCAUUAUGUUGGUCAUCCAGUUUGUGGCAAUAUCAACAGUUUCGAAGCAAAAUGUUAGCCAUCUCCAGGGCACCUUGAAAACUGUCUUGUGUUGCACUCAAAACAGCACUAAAUAGCACUGAAAUAUGCAACUAGACUGUAUCCCUUCAUUUCAUAGUAGAUUUCAGGUGUGACCUUGGUUGCUAGAGAAGUUACCCACAGUUCAAUUUCAAGUGUCAUAAAUAAUGUCAGUAAGAAGGAUCUUGUUACAAACAGCGUCUACCCAGCAGCCUGCAAAAAACGAAUUCCUCCUCUUGAAAUGCACCACUGUGCUUGCCUGAGAAGAAGCUUCAUUCCUUUUUAUUCCCAGUGAUGCCAGUGGUUGUUAGGCCAAAGGUCUUGAAAGACUAGGGCCGUUUCCGCACGGCUGCCAUGCGCCCCCAAGCCGCCAAGAGUUCUGCCGGCGUGGGGGCGCAAGCCUGUUCACACGCAAGCAUGCGAGCAGGUUGAAGCAGAGU